CAGAUUUUAUGUAAUUAAAGACUUCCGAAAGGAAGUUCUGUACUUUGUAACAUCAGAGGAAAAGACGAUCUCUGGUGUUUAUGUGGAUCUGAAUAAGGGAGAAGAGGCUGCCGAUGCUCCUGUGAAGGAGACACUCACACAAUCAUGACCAGAUCCUGAUUACAGAUGCGUACAUCUGCACUUGUGAUUGUGACUAAAGACUCCCAGCCAGAUGCCAUUCUUUACCAAGUGUCCCAGGUGACAUCCCCUCUGUAAGGAAUGGCUGAAAUGGAGAGGAUGAACAACCACCGACGGGGCCGUCAGGGCCCACGAUAUGAAAAUGAUUUCACGCCGGGUACAGUGAACUCAAGACCAACCAAGCAGCUUGAGUUUCACCAGGCAAUGACAGACUUUAAGAGGAUGUUCCCCACUAUGGAUGAGGAAGUCAUUGAGGCAGUCCUCCGAGCCAAUAACGGAAUUGUUGAUGCCACUAUAGAUCAGCUUCUCACCAUGAAUGUUGACAAUGAGGUUUUCCCUGAAGACUUGCAGUGGGAGGAUGAGGCGGCCUUGGCUGCUGGACUGCCAUUCCCUCUCGAACAAGAUUGCCUGCCACCGAAGAGAUCAUUCUCUGAGAAAGCUCCACUGCCAGACCCUAUUGGGGAAUCCCCACCCCCCUACUCUGAAGCUGUACAGUCCCCACAGAUGCUGAUAUCCCCCAGUAUAAGAAAGACAGUCAAAUCUAGUCCACCCAACCCGCCCAUAGCAAACUUACUGGAUUUAGGCAUUGAUGAACUGGCCUUGUCCAAUACUGAACCAAAGACUCCCAUAUCAUCUUGGAGCAGUCCUGUUGCGUCAGCCAAUCCUUCAUGGCAUGGUCCAAUUGCCUCGAGCGGAUCCAAUUGGAGUCACUCUGGAGCCACAGAGAAAUCAUCUUGGAAAGGUCCGUCAUCAGCCUUAGCUAGUCGCUCAUGGAGUAUGCACGGCCCAGCUGAUCACACGUCUCGGAAGCUCCACGGCCGGAGUCUCAGUAUGGGUAGUGCUACGAAGAAAGCGUCCUAUCGGAACUGGAACCCACCAAUGCUGGGCCGACUGCCCGAUGACUUCCUCCGACUGUCUCCCACUGUGUCUCCCCAGAGAUCCCCAUCGUCAGUGACAACCACGGAGAAGUCUCAGCACAGGAGAACAGCGUCACAGCCAAGGAUUCUGUCCAAUCACAGUCAUCAGUUUAGUUCCGACAUGUUACAAGAGAGAAUCAAGGAAAACGAGCGUCGGCGCCGCAUGGCUUCCAGUGACCUUGACCCCGAGCUGGCUCAGUACUUGGAGGACGAGCGGCUUGCCCUGAUGUUUCAGAACAGUGAGUUCCUGCAGGAGCUUCGGGACAACGAGGACUUCAUGAACACACUGGAGCGAGAUCGUAUGAAUGCAGUUGCGUUCGAGCCAGCGGUGACACCAGUCAGUCCUGACAGGGAUGCCAUGAUGGAGGGCUAUGGCGAUGACAGGGACGACACUCUAGAGGCGUUUCCGUUCAGCCAGCAGCUUCCGAAGGGGGAUGAUGAGGAUGCAGAACUCCGGCGGAAACUCAAACACAUGGGUAAAGCUUCAAGGAAACAGUUUGCUUCCUUAGCAAGGAAAUUCUUUUCAAGAAAGAAGAAGAAGUCUUCAAAACAAAUUAUACGUGAGAAACUAGCGCCCUCUAGGAUGAAUCUGCUGGAAGAGGACUCUGAUGUAGACGGAGGUAACUCUGAGAGCCAUCUUGCCUAUGAUGAGGGUGCUGAUGUCGACACGAUGUCUCUCCCACCAGCUUCAGUGCCAAGAAUUCGGACUGUACAACGCCCACCGUACCACCCGGACACCAUCAUCACAUACAACCCCGACAGCUCACACAGGGUGUAGCGGGCAGCAAGCUGUAGCAGCACGCAGUUGUCUCCCUUAGAUAAUUCAGCAUUGCCGACAAGGUCCUUGAGUUAUUGUUUACAGACAGUGUUUAGUAGUGUCCUCAUGAAAAGUGUUUCAAGUUUGUUUCAUGUUUGUCAGUGUAUGAUGCUCUUGUUCAUAUACAGCUAUCAAUGUACUAUUUGUAAAUAUGUAAAUCACAAUUCUUCACCAGCAAGACCUGUUAAAUUAUAACUGUCUUGCUUUGAUUUACAAGUUAUGCUACCAAGGAAUGAGAUGUGUCUCGAAAAAUUUUCACAAUAAUAAUUUCACAUCAUACUCAGUGUAAAUGGUAUGGAAAUAAUUUUUAAGAUGUCUUGUAAGACAUAUAAACUUUCAAUCUUUUAAAACUAUAGAAUAAAGACAUAGAAUGGUUAAUAAAAACAAUUAUUAAGAUGAUAAAUGGAGGAAAAAUGAAAAUGUCAGGCAUAUGGGCUGUGGGAGUUGAAAUUAUCUCAGUUACCAUGGUUACCUGUACUAUUUUUAGCAAGAAGAAAAGUGUGGAAUACCAAGUUGAGAUUAGUAAUUUUUUAGAUGAAAACAUCACAGUUGACCGUGAUAGUAGACUAUGGCAGGCUCCCAGUCUGCUGUACGGUAGUUUCGUCGUUCAGGGUAUUGACAUAUCAGUGUUGCCAGUAUGGCGCUCGUGUUGUACGCUGUCACAUCAAGGCUGUUUUUUGCUUCCUGCAUAUGUAUAUAGUUGCAUGUAGUGAGAAGUGUUGAAGUUACUGGAGACACGUUAGUAUUGAUUGUAGUGAGGAUGUGUUGACUGAGUAGAACUCAAUUAAAGUUCAUCUGGGCUGAGAGUGAAUUGAUGGUCGUUGAGGCUGUGAACAGUUAUGGAGUCUUAGGGAGGAACAUUUAUCCAACAGUCAUGAAUUUGGAGUUGUAAAAUUUGUGAGAAAUUGUGUUGUGAUCAAAUUUGUUUUCAAUGAAUGCCAUACGAAGGUGACAUGAUAAUCACUGAUAAUACUGAAAGAAAAUCAUCGAGGUGUUUUUGAUUUAGUAAAACACGAACAAAUGGUGAAAUGACAUUUUGGUUUUUGUCGUGUCAUAACGUAAGGCAUUAUUGGACGUCACCUACGCUAUUUUACUACUAUUUACUCUGCCAAAAUACAUGACAAGUGGAUGAACUACAGCAGCGGUUGUUAUCAGUUUGUGUUGUGGAACUAUUACCAUAUGAAGAUGAUGAUUGAAGAAAAACAAGGGGAAAAGGUGGGAUUCUAAUCCAAAAUAUAUUUUUUGUGGAGGUCCAUUGUUUAGAUGACCUUAAACCAAUGCAAAAGUGUAAGAUUACAGUGUUUCGUAAUCAAAUUGUCCCAUGUAAAGCUCUGAAUUCAAGUUUCUUUUACAAGAAACUGAAUAAAAAAAAUAUGUCUUUAUCACUGCUGAGUGAUAUUCAAAGCCGAUGCAAAUUGCUACCACUUCGGUUUAAGUCUGUACUUAGAUAGGCUUGGAAGCAAGGUUCAGUGUUGCUCCGAGGCCAUCAAUCCCAAUCCUCCUACGACAUGGAGGACUCGUAAUAAGCGGUCACAAGAAAUAAACAGUUCCUCCACAGCUGUUCAACGAGUACUAAUAAAAAUGAAUAUCACAUAGUUUUAUUGAUUUGUUCAGUCGUCCAAAUUGGAAUAAAACAAGUCCCCAUUCAACUUAUAUGAAGUUUCAACGUAAAAUGUGUUGAAGCCAAUUAAAUAAUUUAAUUUGACAUCAUACACUGUAUGCACUGUAUGCACUGUUUGGCCGUAUUGAAAUGCCCUAUAUAUGUUUCCUCCAAAUUGCCUGCCGUGGACACUUUGGUUAAAGUCCUAGAUAAGUCCCUUAUGUAACAAUUCUGUUUGAUACAUUCUUCAAAUGUUUUAUUCGUCUUGACCGAAACGAGGACAUUUCUCAUGUCGGGGUUAUGAUAAAAUCCUUCUUUUAUCCUGAAAAUAUGUUGAAUAACAGUUCAUUGCCUGUUUUACUUGGGAAAUAAAAUACAUUUGCGGGUCAUUUGUCAGUAUGGGUGUGGACAGUGGGACGCAGUACUUCAUUCCUACAGGGCCCAGUCACCUCGGAGCAACACUGCCAGGUCAUUACGAAACAUAUGCAAGUGUAGUUACCUAAUUCAUACUGUAACAAACUGUUUUAUUAUUCAUGUUAAUUGUUCUUAAUAAUUUCUUUGAUAUUAUUUUAUGAGGCAAAUACCUUGGGCAGAUGUUGAGUUUUCUACAGUUGUACAGACGGUAUCACAGUGUAAAUUUUAGUUACAGAGUGGGAAUACAUACUGGAUAGAUGUAUGUUAGAGAAGUCAUGUAGUUACCAUGUUACUGUUUUAAGAGUCUUCUUUUGAGACAGCUUACUAGGGCAGGUGCCCUGCGUUGAUAGACUUUGUGGUUCCAACCAUCUCAAACAGUUUAGGCGUUGUAGUCUACUUUAAACAUCGUCCACCAUAGUUGUUGGACUCAUGUGGUGAAGCAUCUUUUCAGUAUCAUUAUGUUAAUUUGCAAGUUGUGACAUCAGUCUCUCAAGAUUACCGAUAAGUUUACUCCUUAAAGGGCAUCUUCCCGAGGCAAGGGAGUUAACUGACUGUAAAAGUCCAGUUUCCACCCCUGCCGAACUGGGCUGGAAUUCUGGAGUUACAUUUUGUUUGAACUUAUGAGUCUUUGCAUAGACCAUUCAAAAAUGGGGAAACGAACUAGACAUCCGGUUUGUAAGCUACCCAGAUUUCAACAUGCAGAAGUUGGUCGACUGCAGGUUUUGCAAAGCAUAUGUACCGCCAACAAUCAACCAUUCAAUUUAAAUUGAUCUGCAAGAGUGGUUCUGUGAUAAGAGAGAUUGAGAUGGCAACACCAUUUCUCAGCCGAAACUAUGGUGGUGAUUGAGUCCAGGGUGUUUAUCGUUAUACUGGAAGAAUGGAGAUAAUAUGCCCUGGAGGAUAGAGGAUGAUCCUCUCAUGCCUGGACAUUGACAAAGUGCACAUACGAUCAGACACAUGACAAACGUCAGGAAAUCAUUCACCUCUCUUAUAGGUCAUCCAUCCUUGUGUAUUCAGGGCGUUAUCUCUCUGUUCUGUAAUGAUAAUUAACCUGGACCCGUUCACCACCAACGAGAAGUUGAUAUCGUUGUUUCAGACUCCGUCUCCGUCUCCGUCUCAAUCUCUGUCUCCUAUCCCUGUUUCAACCCAGAAUUUCUCUUGCUCUUGAGAUAAAUUCCUUUGGAUGGCUAUUUUUAGUGUCGUUUCAUUCAAAUCAGGGUCAAAACAAAGCUGUUGUUGUGAAUGGUUCCAGGGUUUUUAUCAAAAUUAAAUAGAAAUAUAAUCUACUGGAUAAUCGAGGACACCAGUAGUCAAGAUAGUUGGAAUCCCAACGUAGUGUAUAUUUUGCUGGGCUUUGUGAUGUAAAUACUUGUACAUCUAGUUGUGUAAUUAUAUCUGUAUGUAUCUGUGUGUGUGCAGGGUCCUCGAUACACCCUGCUCUGGCACAGGGGUACAGUCCGAGCUGGAGUAUUGCAAUCAGUGUACAAUCUAAUUAAAAUCAGAUCUUAGUUCUCGCUACCGCUGAACAAAGAUCUGAGGACAUCCCAUUACAGGUCAAGUCAUAAAGACCUUCAUCUGACCAAUCAGACAUUCACUUACCAGAUCGGGAAAGUGACAGUCAGAAUGUGUUUUCCUACCAUGCAACCUCAAAACGUUUAACACGGGUUACUCGAACGAUAGUUACAGGCUUUACGACUGAAUCCGUAGAAAUCAUCAUCUGUCUGUUGCUUCAAUGGGAUAAACAUUCGAGACUUUGUGUUGCCCGUGGGAAGUGCUGCCAUACUAUCUAGGCCAUCCAUUAGCUAUUCCAGAAUGUACUUUUGUUCAGUUUUCAAUUUUUUAAUCGAGAAUUUGUCAAAAUAUGUCUAGAAGCGUAGUCGCCAGUUUGAUACUUGUGCCAAAAAAGCUGCCUUCUGAUUGGCUAUUGUCGACUUCUUGUCUGUUAUUCCAUUGGUCGGUCCAAGUUCGCGAAAGGUGAGUCUGAUGUGACCCUUAAGGGGAUGUCUUCAGAUCUUUGUUUAGCGGUAGCGAGAUCUAAGAUCUGAUUUUAAUGAGAUUGAAUCAGUGUAGUACUUGAUAACCUGAGUCGAGAUGUCCCGGCUACCCAUACCUCGUGUCUGUGUUCACUUACUUCCCUCUGAGCACUGGUAUUAAGAAUAUACUGUUUUAUGACAUAUACCGUUGUUAUUCUCUGCAGUCAAUAUGGACAGAAUAUUGAUUUGUUCUUCUAUUUGAUAAACGAAAAAUCUUAUAUUGGAAAUGUUUGUGUCACAAUAUGAAAAUUUCAAGAAAUAGAUAAACAGUUAUAAAAAAUAGAAAUUUUGGUAUCCCAGAAUGAAAAGUUAUAACGUUUUUAUACAAAAUUAAGAAUUGGAACUUUAGUGUCCGAACUGGAAGUUGAAUUAAACAUGUUAAAUUUAAAACUUAUAUCCGCCACAGUGGCAAAAAAAAUUAGGAAUUUCAUGACAAUUUUGUUUAUUUAGUUAUUGUUUUAUAUGAAUUAUUAAUAAUUGUAAUAUUUGUUCUGUUGUGAGCAUUAUAUUUUUAGAUGAAAUAGCAAUUUGUUUUGUUGUACUUUGUAUUGUAGAACUUAUUUGUUUAUGUUUGACCGAUCAUGAUAUUUGUCAUAUAGGGCAGCCAGCGUUCAGGGGUGGCAUGCAUACCUGGAGCCAAGUACAGCAAAUACUAUCUACCUGAGGAGUAAUCAUAGUGUGUGUAGACAGCCCAUCUUACCUGUAAUACUCCUCCCAGAGCUUCAUUUACAAAUUUCAUGGCUUCUCUAUUUUAGCCUUUUUUUAUCAUAGAAAUUGUUUUUUUAAUACCUCACUAUUUAAUUUCAUACUUUUAAUGCUGAUGGCUAUUUUAUGUUUUUAGCUUUUUUUUAUGGUCUCAUGAUGAUAUUGUUUUUUAAUUUCAAAUGGGUAUGGUCUUGUUCCUGGAACAAAAUGUCUUCAUCGCACAAUGAACCAGCCACAAUACCAAUCUGACUGUGGUGUGGAAAAUUUGAUGAAUGUUACGAUAAUCAUGUUAAAUCGAUAAAAUAUUUAAUUGGUAUUUAGAAGUUGACACAAAAUGAAGACAUGAAACUUUAUAACUUUUUAAUUUUUUGUCACGUUUCAGGGCUAUGCCCCUUCAUCAGUUGAAUGACUUAACUAGUAUGUCAUAUAUAUAUAUGUACAAACAAAUUAUGUUUACAUGGGAAAAGAUAAUCAUGUGUGUUAAUCUUUAAGACCCUCAUUCUCUUUGAAUUUCUAUAGUAGAGUCAUAAAAAACUGAAUUGUUAUUGCAGUUAUGUUUGGCAACUGUUACCAUGAUAUAUGCUUAACAUUAUCUACAUAUGCAAAUCUUAGUAAUGUAAAUUUCAGGGCUAUAUUGCCAGUCACACAGAGACAGCAUAAUACUGUUAUUCUGCAGCAGGCAAUAUUAAAACACUUACGAAUAGCGACUUGUUAUUAGUUCGUGGAUAACUUGGCAUGUCGUGUCUUUGGGAUAUUUCAUUGGUUGUAUAUAUCUUCAAGGUUUAUGAAAAUAAUACUUUGGUUACUGAUUACUAGUGGUGGGACGAUACAACGAUGCAUCGGUGGAUCCCGAUUUACUUCUCAAUACAAGUAUCGAUCACAGUCGCACACUAAGAAGAAAAUAUCGAUUCUUACCUUAAAUGUUUGCCUUAAUAACUGUUCCACUAAACACUAAUCAGAAGAAAGCAAAUUUUGAAAACAAAUAUUUUCAUCCAUUGCACCAUACUUGACACUGCGAACUGUAAAAUUAUCAGUGUGCCGGGUAUAUUUGUCCAUCCUUACGCACCACAGAUAAGAGCACGUGCAAGUAUCGUGAUACAUAUCGGAUCGUGAGUAAGGUAUCUUGAUACGUAUCGGAUCGCACAGUUGGUGUGUCGUCCCAGCCCUACUGAUUACCUUGGUGACUUAUAGGAACAUGUGUUCCUUUAGUUCUAUGAGAUGUAUUCCCAGUGUUCCCAGGGGCAGUGAUAUUCUGUGUGGUCAUUGUCAUCACAGGGUGUAGCAGGGUACAAAUGUCUUUUUAAUGCAUUUUUUAAUUUUUCUUCGAUGGAGAGAUGUUUCAUGCCUGUCCUUUCUCCCUUUGUCACAACUGAUCAGGAAAUCGAUAUUGAACUGCAUUAGUUUGCUGCGUUCCUUCAUCGCCCGUACGCUGUAGUCGCUUUAUUUAACCAACGACUCAAGCCACAGAUUGGUUGAAGAGUGAAGCCAGCAGGUGCUCCGACCAAUGAGCAAUCAGCUUAUAUCAUAUUAACGUAACUGUUUCUCGUUAGAUAACCGUGUGCAACAUGUGUCACAGAGACAUGGUAUUUUCUCUGUUGAAUUCUUUAAUGUCGGGGGGCGGUCGGGUAGCCUAGUGGUUGAAGCGUUAGAUUAUCAAGACGAAGACCUGGGUUCGAUUCCCGACGUGGGUACAAUGUGUGAAGCCCAUUUCUGGUGUCCCCUGCUGUGAUAUUGCUGGAAUAUUGCUAAAAGUGGUGUAAACCCAUACUCACUCACUCACUCACUCACUCACUCACUAUCAGGUGUAUGUAUUCACGUGGGGUGGAGGAACGCAGUGUAUUCAAACCUAUGAAGUAAUGAUGAUGUAGUACUCAAAACAAGUCCAAGAACAACCUCAAUUGGAAGGCUGUGUGUGGCAAUACAUACAGCUAGGAUAGACUGACAAUACUCAUAUGAAAAAAUGGGUGUUCUUCAACUUCUUUGAGUGGUGUAUAUAUACUGGCAAGAAACAGUUCCACAGUCAGUGUAAAGUUUAAACGAGGAAUUGUUAGCAUUAUAAGGACAGUACAAUCUUGAACUAUUUCCGAUAAAACCAUAAUUCCAAAGCCCAGACAUUGACUGCGUGACAAGGGAUGGACAAAACUGAAGCAGCUUUUGAUGAUAGUUUCAUUUCAACACAAUGUGUAUCAUAGUAUUCAGGGUACGUGUCUCAGGGCAUCUUUCCUUUGUUUAUAGUUUUCAUUUGCCUCAAUGUUGUGCUUCAACUUCUGUCUCCCAGCAUGCUAAGGGUGUUGUAUGCAAAGAAAUAUUAAGAGCUCACAUGACCAAUAUGAAAACUGAACAAUGUUUAGCUUAAGGUAAACAGUAUUAGAUGCAAGUCAUGAAACUUGUCGUAUUUGGUAAACAUAAGAGAUAAUUCAGCAAAGGAAUAAUUCCUAUUUCCGUAAUGAUGCAACUAAUAUAAUAACAACAUUACACAAAAGUUUUACUAAUUCAAACCAUUUAAAAAAUUAUUAUCAAUUGCCUAUUGUCAUUUUUCGCUUCUUAAUAAAUAUGCAAGUCAUGACACAGCAUGGAACCUGACUUGACAUGAAUAAAUAUGCAAGUCAUGACACAGCAUGGAACCUGACUUGACAUGAAUAAAUAUGCAAGUCAUGACACAGCAUGGAACCUGACUUGACAUGAAUAAAUAUGAAUAGAAUGGUAUAUUUUUCUGUUGCAAUGUUCAUUAUUAUAUAAAUUCAUUUCAAUUAUUUUACUGAUUUUAAUAUAUUUUAUGAUCUGAUUUUUUUCCUUAUAUUUGCCAUACACUAUUAUUUGAUGACUCAUCUUUGCUUUUUGCAGUAUGAACAAGUUGCACAGCUGUCAAAGAUUUAACUUGCUAAACGAUACUCAGUUACCAUGGCAACAGAUUCAUUAAGUUAUUAUCAUUACUCUUCUGUACCAUCAGUUAGUCAUCCACAUAGAUAAAACUGUAUCCCCAUCAUGUUGGACUGAUUCCUGAGUGUACUGGAAUUAACCAUUAUGUUCUAAUGUAAGUGAUAGUUUACAUACCUUUGUGAACCCAGAGGCCGUGCAUGUUAAGCAUUUACACAUUUAGUAAAAAAAACUGUAAACGUAUAAAACACAUAUAAACAUAUAAUAGUUUAUAUAAUUUUUAAAAAAUUGAUACGACUACCAGACACAAAUUGUCUCGUGAGCUAUUUCCCUUCACCUAACAGGUGUGUUUAGGCCUUUCCCUUCACCUAACAGGUGUGUUUAGGCCUUUCCCUUCACCUAACAGGUGUGUUGAGGCCUUUCCCUUCACCCAACAGGUGUGUUUAGGCCUUUCCCUUCACCUAACAGGUGUGUUUAGGCCUUUCCCUUCACCUAACAGGUGUGUUUAGGCCUUUCCCUUCACCUAGCAGGUGUGUUGAGGCCUUUCCCUUCACCUAACAGGUGUGUUUAGGCCUUUCCCUUCACCUAACAGGUGUGUUUAGGCCUUUCCCUUCACCCAACAGGUGUGUUUAGGCCUUUCCCUUCACCUAACAGGUGUGUUUAGGCCUUUCCCUUCACCUAACAGGUGUGUUUAGGCCUUUCCCUUCACCUAACAGGUGUGUUUAGGCCUUUUAUUUUUUAACAGGUGGUUAACAAAAAAUGGCCUUAAAUUCAGUGAAGCAAAAACAUGAAAAGUUCCAGAUUACUACUGCUAGUAAUGAAAAACAAACAAGUUUUAACAUGGCAAAAUACCAAGGGUAAUUCAUUGGGUUUUUUAAGUUGUUAAAAUAAAGAUUAUUAAAACAGUGGUGAUACCCUACUUUUUAAAAGUUGUCUCCUUACUACAUAAAAUGUACGAAAUACCAUAUGUGAUAUGUUUAUAAACUAACUUGUUGAUGAAAUGUCUCACACUUACACAAAUGUUGAAACAGGAACUGUCCAGUAAAGAAAUACUAAGCCAUGGUAGGAUAUUAGUAUCAGUUCCUGCAUGGAUGCCAUCAUGUGUCGCUGGCGUAGAAUCAGGUGUAGUUAGAUGUAUGAAUACACAAUGUCUUUUAGAAAGUGGUCAAAUGUAACAAAUGUUAUAUUUGGGAUAACACUUUCUUAGUAAAGUACAGACCCACUCAGCCACCGAGGCUUCCACAAAAUGACUUGAUCUAGA